UGGAGGGGGGGGAAAUGCAUUACGGUCCUUCAAUACGUGGGGCGCGUGGGGAUGAUUUGCGUUCUUUUGACAACAAAGCGGGCGCCGUGCUACGAAACCCAGCCACUGGUUGUGGUCUAAACAGAUGACCGGGCGCUUCUUCAGAUGUGUGCGUCUGGAACACGGGGGAAGAGGCAAAUGGAAGAGUGGCGACAUUUUUCGCGAGUGGCUAUUCAUGUGGAUAGGUCUUAUUUUGAAGUCGCAAUUUCUUUAAGAUGUAGGGAUGUAGGCUGUGGUAAAAAGGUAAAGGUGCAGCCCUGCAAUUACUGGCUGUCGGAAGGGCUUCAACUCGAGGGAGCCCUAUGGAGUGGCUGGCCUACUUCUCCACACUAGGCUAUGAUACGGGGACUCGAUGAUGAAUGAUAUCACGUGGUCUUUAAUGUCUACGACAUAGCACAUGGUCCACUUCGGUGAUUUCCGCUUGACUUUUGUGUUUUAGAAAUAGGAGGUACAUCAUAGACAUUGAUAAAAUAAAAUCCACGUAUCAGCCAAGCUUGAUCAACUGCUGGGUGAAAGCCGCCCCUUGUCACCAUCUCCCGUGAUCCAGCGAUGCUGAUCUCGUCAAGAGCAUAAACCAUCACGCAAACUCAGGUCAUCCUCGCAGCGGCUUUUGGCUGGCCAUCGAACAAAGACGUUCACCGCAUCGCACGCUUUCAGAUACGCUUCUGCGGCCGUCUGGAACGCGCUUUCUUCCAGCAUUUGGAAGCCACUAGAGCUAUGCACUUUUAAAUCUAGAUUGAAAACGAAUUUCUUUAGAACCGCAUGUGUUUUAGUUUGUUGUCCUUCCCCGCACCUCCGAUUAGCACGGUUGGCUACGUACGGUGCAAAAGAAGUUCAACAUACAUAGAAUCCACCCGGCAUCUUGACGUCAGCAGAGUUCAUCGCUCCAUCUCAUCGGUGAAUGUCCACUUGGACGCGACCUAUUGUUGAUAUCCAGUUCAACAAAACACACUUAUUGACUAGUAGUAGGUUUUUACCCUUUCAACUGGUACAAAACUGACACCUUUAUACACAAGGGAUCAUGUUUGCAAUAAGGCGUACAAAUACGCAUUUUGGUGUCAUCUGGUCCAACACCAAUGGAGACUAGGCUCUAAGAAAAGCUGUCUCGGGUGUGGACCAAUCAAUUUCAAGGACAGUGCAUAUCAUUAUCAGAGUUGUUUCUUUUUGUUUGUAUUUUGACUGCUUGUGUUGCAGUUAUUGCAAACACGAUCCCUUGUAUAAGGUGUCAGUGUUGUACUAGUUGAAAGGGUGAAAACCUACUAGUAUAUUUUUCCACUGGUAAAGGAGGUCUCACAGUGUAAACACUUAUUGACUAUCAAUAUAAUAUACAAGUCAUCUCUCUCAGAGGGUCCUUCUUGACAUGUUUGACAAAUUCGUCUUCGGUUAGUUUUACACGUUCGAAGGAACUGGAGUAGCUGGAGAACACUGCAUGCACACCAGGAGAUCGUGCUCAAACAAAGGACUGAAAGCAGACACCGACUUGUCCGCAGAAGGCGUUGAUAAUUUAAAUCAGGUUAGCAGUGUCCCACUUAAUUGACAAGGAGUUAAGGGGGUGGAUGGGGUGGGAGGGUAUGGGAUGUGUGUGGGUGGGUGGAUGAAGGUGCCUCGCCCAUUCACUGCUGGUUAUCCGACACCUGUCAAAUUUGUGACAAAAUAUCUAAACGGAAUACGGUUAAGCUGUUUGCCUAUAAUCAUCAUCAUCAGCUGAGGUCCAUAUCGGAUUAAGUCGUCCUCAAUCUGUCGCCAUUGCUCAUUGUCCUGAUGAUAUCACAAUUUUUUAUUUUUUAUGCACGCUAACUGAUCUCAUCGCUCAUGGUCCUGAUGAUUUCACAAUUGUAUCUUUCUCCUGCACGUAAACUGAUCCCAUUACUCACGGUCCUGAUGAUUUCACAAUUCAUCUCUGUUCUGCACGCUAACUAAUCUCAUUGCUCAUCGUCCUGAUGAUUUCACAAUUUCAUGUUUCUACUCCACGCGGCGAACUGACCCCAUUACUCAUGGUCCUGAUGAUUUCACAAUUCAUCUAAAUAACACGUUUUUCUUAUGGAGAGGUGACUUCUUUAAACAGAAGGAAGGAGCAGCAAUGGGCUCUCCUUUGUCUCCUGUUAUAGCAAAUCUGAACAUGGAAAACUUUGAAACAAGAGCACUUGCCUCAAGUACAUUAAAACCAUAUUUUUGGCUUAGAUAUGUCGAUGGCACUUUGGUUGUCUGGCCACAUGGGAAAAUAGAUUUAAUACAUUUUUAAAUCAUCUCAAUGCACAAAACCCAGCCAUUCAGUUUACCAUGGGAAUGGAUGUGAACAACACACUCCCCUUCCUGAAUAUUAAAGAAGCACUACGACUGAAUGGCUACAAUAAUGCUCAAAUUAACAGAGCAUUGAAUGCCAAACCAAGACCGAAAACAAUACUGCUGAAAGUGAUCAGAUUAUCAAAAAAUUAAAAUACCAUAUAUCUCGGGAGUUCCUGAUAAAUUAGCCCGUGUUUUGCAAAAGCAAAACAUUAAAAUGAGAUGUGGUACGGUACACAAAAUUGAAAAACUAGUGUCUUGUUCUAAAGAUUAAUUACCGAAGCUACCAACAGAAGGUGUAUAUCGGAGCAAUUGCUUAUGCAGUAAGUGUUAUAUUGGACAGACGGGACGUAACAUUAUCGUAAGACUGAAAGAACACCAAAGGAACAUUAAAUUCUCCAAAACACAGCUGUCAGCAGUGGCAGAGCAUGCUUGCCAACAAGGAUAUUGAAUCGAUUACUCAUUCUCCGUCGUGGUCGUCCUCUCUGGAGCCACGCUCCUCCUUUCCUUUGCCUGCCAUUCCGUGCCCCAUCUCGACCAUCGGCUAUCGAUCUCUCCCUGCGAUCGGCCCCGACGCGUCCUGGCCCAACAUUGAGUCAAUUGCUGCUGAAGAAAUGCACAUUCGCAGCUGAUGGGAUGUACACACAAAUAUUUUCUUAUGUGGGGAGAACAAUAUGGCAAGGAAGUGGAUUAUCUAUUUUGUUACUUAUAUUCUCCACGACGAUGCCAAUUAUUGGCGUGUGUUAGUUUCCCGAACAGUCCCUGAUGCACGUGUUCCUCCUCUUCCUCUCACAGAGUGAUUACGUGCUUAUCUGCGCACUUUUCUGCCUUUGUUUAUAUCUAUGCAUUGUGUAUGAUUAUUCCAUUGUCUAUGUGUGUGCAUGUCUGUGUGCAUGUACCACUUUGAAUAAACCUCAUACAAAUCAAAACAUUUUUAAGCUACGGUAACUAUCGAAAGCCCGUCGUCUGCAGAUGUCCGUACAAAGACGCGUUUUUUUUCUCUCCACGGCAUUUCCUUUUCGAGUUAUGAGCGCGAAACUAAAAAAAACCUGCUUACGUGGACUACAUAAUUCAAAAACCCUGAAGCUUAACAUGGUUAUGUGCACUACAAAAUAAAACGUUUCUCCGCUCGCCGCGAGGACCAACCGUCGGCCUAGCAACGGCAUCUCUAGCAACAGAAGUACCUAGCAACAGAAGUCCCUGGCAACAGAAGUCCCUGGCAACAGAAGUCCCUAGCAACAGAAGUCCCUAGCAACAGAAGUCCCUGGCAACGGCUGGUCCAGGGCGUCAGAUGAGAAGCAUCAGGGAGCCCGGGUGGUUCAACGAGCUUGAGUUGGCGCAGGUUCCCGACUAACGCCGCCGCGCAGCUACAGAUGUCGGCCUUCCUCUCGCGGCCCCUGGGCCCCGGGUCUAGUUGGACUCCCGGCUCAGGGUCAUGGCCCGGCCCGACGGUCGGGGCUUCUCCUCCUCCACCGGACGAGCUCCUGGCGGCCGCGGUGGGAGACGUGGCGUGGAUGGAGCUGAGCCUCGCGAAGGCCGGGUCGCUUCUUCGGGAGGACGGACACGGCCUCACGGCGCUGCACGUGGCGGCGCUGCACUGCCGCCUGGGCUGCCUGCGCCGGCUGCUCGAGCGCCACGGAGUCGAGGUGGAGCUGGCGACCGCCACGGGGUGGAGGGCCCUGCACCUGGCGUGCAACGCGCGCCGCGGCGGCAGGCGCGCCCUGGUGUGCGUGCGCUACCUGCUCGCGAGAGGAGCCCGCGUGAACGCGUGCAACGAGGACUCGGUGACUCCGCUGCACGUGGCCUCCAGCGAGGGCCUCUUGGGCUGCGUCCGGGCCCUGCUGGAAGCCGGAGCCGACCCCUCGGCCCGCGACCUUCGCCAGCACCGGCCAGUGGAACUGGCGAGGCUGUGGGGCCACCGCAAAUGUACCAGGCUCCUGGCCAGCGUCAUGUGGAUGGACAAGAAGAACGAGGCCGCCACGGAGGACGUCGAGCUCCUGAAGAUGGGAAGACACUUGCUGGCAGAGGAGAAGCGACACUUUGCCAAAUGCGAGGAUGAACGCGAAUUCGUCAACGCGAUGUCCUUCCUGGGCUGGCUGGAGGACAAGCGACUUCCCGCACCCCCGGCCCCCCCACUCGCGCCCCCGAUCCCCGACUCCUGCCGACGCCGGGGGGGCCACGUGCGAGCACGCGGUCCGCAGCGGCGGGGGGGGCAGGGAGUCGGAAUGCCUGGCGGGGGGCUGUCCGAGACGACGGCUCCGGCGGCGAGACGACCGCGGGACGCGCCGGGCCGCAUCACCGGCACGAGGCUCCAGCCGGGCACCAACCUCCUGUGCACGGGGAGCGUGACCGCUCGCGGGGUCGCCGACGCGCUCCCGACCCUGACCCCGCGUGAGCCUUGGAACGUGAGCACCAACCCGAGCAGCGCCCCCCGUACGGACAUCGCGAGGCCGCCCGGGGGCGCGCCCGGCGUGUGGCCCGACGACGACGGCGAUGAUGGCGACGAUGGCGACGAUGACGACGAGGCGACGUCCAAGCCUGGGAACGAACGCCGCCGCGUUGGCGGAAAGCUCUGUCCGGGCAGCCGGCGACGGUUCCGCACGUUCGUGCUCGACAGGGUAGCGGAGGAGGCUGAACGAGACGAGGUUCGCGGCGACGACGACGACGAGGACGACGACAAUGGCGGCGGCGGUGGUUGUGGUCGGAGGGCCGAAGCGGUGCAUCGCGCGUUGCAGGGUCGUGGCCGAAGGGUCCCAGCUUCUCGCCUCCGCGGGCCCCGAGACUUCACGGCUCGGGAGAGCGUGAUGGAGCUGCCGAGGAAGCGGGGCCCCCGGGACGCGUCGCGGCUGCGCGGAGAGGUGGCCAUGCACCUGUGCCAGACGGCGCAGUCGGCGCUCUUCUUGGGCACGUGGAGCGAGCGACGAGAUGUGUGAUGUGUCGCACGCGUGUGCGCAAUAUCACAUGCCCCCAUAAUCUGUUAUUAUCUGUCGCCGUAUGUGUCGCGUUUGUGUGCGUGUUAUCAUAUGGCUCCAUAAUCUGGAACUCGCUUCCCAAAGCAAUCCGUGCUGCUGACUUCCUUCCCCUGUUGAAUUCCAGGCUCAAGACCUUCCCCUUCCUUUCGCCACUUAAUACACAUGCUCACUUUGCUGUACAGCAUCUUGACAUGCACAUUUAGAUGUAGAUACGAUAUGUAUCCGAAUUCGAAUUGUACUGUAAUGUGUGACUUUAUCAGUAACAGUAUUAGCAGUAGCAGCAAUAGCAUCAUCAGAAGCGAUAGUCACAUCAGUAUCAUCAUCAUCAAUCCAAUAUAUGAUCGCGUAAAGCAAACACUCCAUAGAUUGUGCGAAUACAUGUCACGAUGUUCCACCACCAUCAUCAACCACAUCAACAACAGCACCAUCACCACCAUCACCGUGAACACCACUGCCACCGUGAUCGUUUUCAUCGCCACCAACACAUUCAAUGUAAACACUUUCCAGGCAUACACAAUCAUCACCCAUCCAUGGCAUAAUUCUCUUGCAAAGCAGCAACACAUUGUAAACAAUGUAAAGACAGAUAUCACGCGCCAUCAUCAUCAUCACGAGUCACGAUCUAUCGACUGCUGGAUGGUCUCCUGACACUGCGGCCAUCUCUCGCAGCCCUACAGCAUCGGAGCGCGUUGGCCCAUCUUCCGUGGAGCAGCCCAUGCUCGCAUGUUAGUACAUGCACCGUGUGUAGGUUGAUAGCUCAAUGUCCGUUUAUUUGUGGCCAGGUAAGCACCCACUGACGUGGAAAGCGGCAGUGUGCCACGUUAGAGAGAUAACUACUCCGGUAAGGGGCCGUCCAUAAAUGACGUCACGAACCUGGGGGGGGGGGGGUCAGACAUUUGUGACGAUGUGUGACGAGGGGUUUGAAAAAUGUGACGUCGCAUCAAAAUGCACAACUUUAAAUAAAUAUAGAUAACACGUUCUACUUAAUUAAAUAGACGUUUUAAUAAAUGUUUUCUCCUACAUCAGAGUGCAGAGCCACAUUAAAUACGCACUACAAUGACAAUAGAUUAAAGUGAUUUGAAGCAUGUUUAAUUUUUUUUUUGGGGGGGGGGGCAG